AUGAAAUUGUGUCUUAUACAUUUUGCAGAACACAACCACCUCUGCAAAGUCCUCAACAACUCGAGCGAGCGACACCCAGGAAAGCGCCGCUCAUACCCCGUCGUUCACUUCCUCACCCCGAUCUUCGACGCCAGUCUCCGUGAGCUGAGGAAUCCUACUUGGACGUUGGACACCGCUCACACCAUCGCCCUUCAGCUAAGCAAGACCGUCGCGCUGUUCCCAAAGCACGCGCCAUACCUGCUGAAAGACCCCAAACUACUCAUGUUUGCGCGACUAUUCCUCAUGGGCGAUGAGAUCGCAGCGUCGUUGGACACAGUCGGUAUUGAAGUGGGAGAUAACUGGCACGAGCAUACGCGGGAUGAGUUCUUAUGGAUAUACUGCGGUGAUUGGGAGAAGCGGCCGAUUGACUGCGUUGAGCGCACGUACAUGGCGACUCGUGAUGAGGUUCGUUGGUAUGUGGACAAUGACGUUGAUGAGGAUGGGAAUGCUGUCGUGGCAGCGUCGGCGGAUGGGAGUGAUGGCGAAGCCAGUGAUGGACAGGAUGGCGAGGAUGAACAGGCUGAGGACGACGAGGAUGUAGAACUGGAGGACUGA